GACGCGGGGACCCGUGCGGGCGCGGGCGGGGGCCGGCCGGGGCGGGGCGGUGGCGCACGUUCCCCGCCGGCCACACGGCCGCCCUGCGCACGGCGAGGGGCGUGUGCGCGGGCCCCAUGUUCACGGAGCUGAGCACCCAGCUGAGCCCCCCGCGAGGCCGCGCCGGGGCUGUGCGCGCCGCAUUCGGAGAGCGCCGGGAUGUGGACGCCACCGCCCACUUCAGCUUCUGCCGGACGCGCCUGGAGCACACGGUGUCAGCUGAGAGCCUCCCCUGCCACCUGCCUCGGACGCCAGGCUCCAGCCUCACCUGGCAUGACUCACGCAGCCAGAGGGCAGCCGGCGGCCGGCCAGUCAAGCUCCUGCAGCAGCCUGGCACAGAGGCCCCCCAGGGCCGGCUGUACUCGGACCACUGCGGCCUGUGCCACACGAGCCCCCCGCUGGGCGGCCUGACGAGGCCGGUGGUCCUGUGGAGUCAGCAGGACGUCUGCAAGUGGCUGAAGAAGCACUGCCCCCACAACUACCUCAUCUGCGUGGAGGCCUUCUCCCGGCACGCCAUCACCGGCCGGGCCCUGCUUCGGCUGAAUGCGGAGAAGCUGCAGCGGAUGGGACUGGCCCAGGAAGCCCAACGGCAGGAGGUGCUGCAGCAGGUGCUGCGCCUACAGGUGCGCGAGGAGGGGCGGAGCCUGCAGCUGCUCAGCCAAGGACAAGAGAGCUGUCUGCCACCCUCCCAGCACCUGGAGGACUACCCACAGAGGCGGGAUACACGGCCAGGCCCUGUAUGCUGUGUGCCCACUCCCUGCCCUUGCCCAGGCCCAGCAGGCCCAACCUGCUGCCCAGAUGAUGGUCAUCAGUGUCCACCAGCCAGGCACCCUGCCCAGCACCUUCACUCGUUACUUACGUGCCCCUCACAUGCCGCAUCUACUCCUGGGAAGUGAGGAUAGAGAAGUUCAGGAUUGCCCAAGAGCCUAGGACCUAACAGGGCACGAUAGGGACCCGCACCAGAGGGACCCGCACCAGCACGGGCAGCCCGAUCCUGGCCUUAGAUUUGGGAAAGCUUCUCCUCUCAGGCCCAUGGAGCCAUUCUGGAGGCACAGUGAUGGCGGGCAUUCCCCUGUCCCUUUCCAGGGAAAACUAGGUUCUCAUAAGAGACAUCCCCAUCUGCCCACUGGAGACCCAGCCAGUGGUGACGAGCAGUCGCAGAGGGCCUGCGGUGGGCGGGGCUGCCGGCAGAGGGUCAGUGAGGCAGCCCUGAGCCUCCUGCCUCCUGCUUGCUGCUCCUCUGGGGGCCUCAGAGCCCCCAGCCUGCUCUGUGCCCCGAGCUGGCUUCAGGAGGCUGCUUUCAGGUCCCACGUGGAAUUUAGAUAACUGGCCUGGUGCCCAGCCCCCCAUGGGAAGUCCCCUGCCCUGUCUGGCUGCCCUGAGUGUCCCCCACUUCGUGUCAUUGCAAUGUCGCCCUUUCCCAAGGGCCCCUCCCAUCUCUGCCCCCUUCUCCCUCCUUUGUCUUGUCCCCCAAGCUCGUCUUGUCUUUCUGGGUUUUGCGUCCACUUUUUUAUAUUCUGAUAAGACCAGAAAUAAACCUGGUUCU